CCGUUACAAGAUGCCUCGCAGGAUUGCUUUAGGCUGGUUUAUGACAGCGAGCUGGUUGAUUUCAGUGUGGCUCCAUCUCCAAGAGACGAAGACUGGCGCUUUGUGAAAGCUCCGAGUGUCGGAUGCAGCGAUCCGAUUCCGCUUUUUCGGCGACGGAAUACCGAUCACAGACGGGCGAAUGUACACUCGGACCGUAAAGGAGUGGAAGAGGCUUGGAAUAACCUGUUUGCUGUUUACCAAGACAUUUUGAACACAUGGACCAACCUGUAUAUGGCUUUGUUAAUUUUGCUUUGGACCUCCAAGAAGCUAGGGUAACUUCACCCAGGAUGCAGAAAUGAAUGUCAGAAGGCGAAGAUGAAUUUGAAGCUUUUAAAAAAACUUGUGUGGUGUUCACUGCUUGUCCUGCCGAUACUGAUGUUACUUGUCGGCUUUUACAAUCAGGAUAAAUUCUUAAUGAGAAACAGUAACCGAAUCACAGCAUUGAAACCAGCGUGUGAAGCAAAUUAUUCUACAAAGAAGUGGAAUGCACAUAAUUCCAAUUUUACAAGGAAAACAAAACUCUUCUUGUCAUUAACUGAUUUUUUCUGGAAGAAUUUCAACUCCACAAUGGCCUUGCCAUAUGGAUUAAAAGGAACUGAACAACUAAUGAUGAAAAUUCUAGCACAUAUUCCUUACUCUGAACCUCCUCAACACAUUCAGAGUUUGAACUGCCGCACCUGUGCUGUGAUCGGAAAUGGGUACACUCUGAAAAACAGCUCACUGGGAAGCAUCAUCAACAAACAUGAUAUUGUAAUUAGGUUGAAUGAUGCCCCUGUAAGGGGAUAUGAAGAUGAUGUCGGCAAUAAAACAACCAUGAGGUUGUUUUAUCCUGAAUCAGCAUCCACCAAUCCAGAGGAACACAAUACUCCUGACACAUUAAUGGUGCUGGUGCCCUUUAAGUUUAAUGACCUGAGGUGGAUUAAGGAGAUUAUUUUAGAUGAAAAAAGGAACCUAAAAGGGUUCUGGAGAAACCCACCCCAGAUCUGGCAAGGUGACCUGAAUCAGAUCCGCAUACUUCAUCCAUAUUUCCUCUAUGAGACUGCAACCAAGCUGCUAAAUAUUCCUACCAAUUUCCCACCAAAGAGCAAGCAGAAACCAGUUCAUCCAACAACAGGGAUUUUGGCCAUCCAGAUGGCCCUCCAUUACUGUGAUGUUGUUAACGUAGCAGGGUUUGGUUACCCAAAGACUACUGAUUUGGAUCAUCCGGUACACUAUUACGGUAGCAAUAAAAUGAAAUCCAUGAAGGAUUCCUCCCAUGACCUCAGUGCGGAGUCGAGAGCGCUGAAGACAUUGAUGGAGGCAGGUGCCAUUCAGUUGCUGAGACAGCCUUCUUGACACUGGAAAACUAAUGGACAAAAUUAAGGAAACAUUAAAAACAUAAGUUGGACAAUACCUUUUUGUGAGAUUUGUACAAGCACUUCUCUUAAAUAUUCUCUGUUUAAUAUCUUUAAUACUUGAGGUUCAGCCCACCCUUUUCUAACUUGGACUGGGAGAGAGUUCACUGGGUGGAGGCAUCCAGUUUGCUACCUGGACGUCACUUCAUUUUCAAUGAAGUGUUUAUUCUUCUUUCAGAUUUAAUGUAGAUAUAUGCAUAUAUGAAAUCUACUAUGAUCCAUUAUAGAAAGUGUAUAAAAAGUAUUAACCCCUCCUUGGAGUUUUAUAACAGUGAAUAACUGUGGAUUUGAUGUGACUUUUUGACACUGAUCAUCAGAAAAAUACUCUUAAAUUUCAAAGUGAAAGAAAUGAUUACAAAUCAAUCUAAAUUUAUUGUAUUAAAUACAAAAUAAUUGAUGGCCUAAGUAUUUGUGCCCUUCGGUCAAUAUUUGACGAUGGCAGCCAUGAUAGCCUUGAGCCUGUGAGCUUUGGUAUCUCUCUAUUAGCUUUGCACAUCUAAACUCUAUCAUUUUUUCCCCAUUCUUCUUUGCAAAACUGCUCAAGCUCUGUCAGGUUGCAUGGAGAACCCAAGUGAACAGUUCUUUUUUCCAAGUACAGUUGCAAAUUCUCAUUUAAACUGAGAUCUGGACUCAAAUCUGGGCCACUCCAGGACAUUAAUGUUGUUUUUAAGCCAUUCCUGAGUAGUUUUGCCUUUAUUUUUGGGGCUGUUGUCUUACUGAAAAACGUAUCUUUCCUUUCUUGCAGAGUGCAGCAGGUUUGCAGACUUUUUACUCACUACUCUCGCAAGUCCUCCAUCUCUAUCAGCUGUUGCACAACUGCUUUUGCAAUCGUUUCGUUUUCUCUGACAAGUUGUGCUUGGAACUGUGAAUGAGCAACUGUUUUCAAGUCAAACCAUACAUUUUCAGCUGGACUGAGGUCACAACUCUGAUUGACCAGUAGGACAUUAGGACAUUAAUGUUGUUGUUAAGCCAUUCCUGUGUAUCUUUUGCUCUAUGAAUUGGGUUGUUGUCUUUCUGGAAGAUAAAUCACAGAUCUCUUGCAGAGUUUGUUAGAUUUUCCUCAAAGAUUUCCCUGUAUUGCACUCUCUUUACUCUCUCCCUUCAUAAUCUUUCCAGGGCCUGCUGCAGAGAAGCGUCCCCACAGUAUGAUACUACCACCACCAUGCUUGACAGUUGGUGUGUUUCUGAUAUAUGUGGUGUUUGGCUUUACCCAAAUGUAGCAUUUAGUGUGUUGGCCAAAAUGCUCAAUUUUGGCCUUAUCAAACCAUAGAAUUUUCUCCCUGCUGACUUCAGACUCUGCCAUGUACCUUCUGGCAGACUCUUAAGAUGUCAUGUGCAUUCGUUCAACAGUGGCUUUCUUUUUGCCACUCUCCCAUAAAGCUACAGUUGGUGACGCUCACGGACAAGAGUUGUUGCCUGCAUAGUCUCCCCAAUUGACCUAUCUGAACUCCGAGGUGUGUUGAAUGACUUGGACAUUAUGUUAGAUCCAUACUGUGACUGUAGUUUUCAAUAAUCUUGUUUCGGAGUUGCCUUUUUGCACUAGUUGUUAUCAGGGCAGUGGCUCAGCAGCAGUUGGACCUUCCAGAUAUCAGUGUAGCAGUGUAACAGGACUUGAAACAUUGUGACUACAGACAUUGAAUUAAUUCUGGGUUGCCUUCAUGAGUCUUUUUGUGAAUCAAUGUCAUAAAAGCCAGAUUAAAUGCUCUGUGAUUCAAUGUUGUAAAACAAUUAAACAUAAAAACGUCCAAAGGAGGGUGAAUGUUUUAAUAGGCAUGUAUUAAAUGGAUUGCUCUAUGGAGAACUGGUGAUUUUUAGUCACUUACAAAUUAACUAGUGGAAUAACAAGUUUAUUCCAUAAUUGUAUUUUUAAAUGAUUAAUAUAUUGCUUUUCAAUAUUUUCUUUUUAGAUUUAAGCUUAUUUGUAUUAUUGGGGUGUAAAUUGAAAUGGUUGAGUACUGUUCAGUAUCCAGUGUGGGUCCAUUUCAGCACAGCAACAUGUGUUGUUGGAUUUGAAUUAUAUAAAAGUAUAAUUAGAUGUUUUUGGACUGCGCACACAUAUUCGAGAUGUGAAUUUCAGAAAAGAAAGAGGUAGGAGGUGUCAGCUUCUUUAUAGGCUCAACACAUGCUGCAUACUUAAUAAAUUACAUGCUACUAAAAAAAAAAAAAAAAAAAAAAAUCCAAGUGCCCAGUGCUACUGUAUUUUACUUAGCGUCACUUACAAGGUUACAAGUUUCUGAAAGUUCAACCUCUUUCUGAGUUUUGAACACUGGUAUUACUUUGAUACCUCGAUUAAUUUGUACAACAUUCGUUUGGCAUUGCAUAAAGGUAUACUGUAUAUACAGUGUCAGAAUUAACAUCAUAUUACAGAAUAUGUUGUACAAUAGUAUUAGAAGGAAGAAAUAGUUGUUUACAUGACACCAUUCUCUGUAUUACAAUUGUAUUAAGAAGAAUGUGAACCUGAAAGAUUAAAAUCAAUGUCCUUUUACAUUUGUUUUUUAAACUUGUGUGUUCCCCUUGUCACUUUAUACGGUACAGGCAGCAUCAUUAGUUCUUCAUAGAGAUUGUGGAAGAAUAUAUGUCGAAAGGCAGAUAAUCAUUACGUAAAUUAUGAGGUUGUAAAAUAAAUUUUAUUUAAAGUACGACUUCAUUUUCUUUCAUAUUCAGGCCAGUACUGUUUGGUGCAAUGUAUACUUUAAUAUGUAUGUGGUGUACAACUGUUGAUAUAAAUCACCUAUAUACCAUUAAUUGCAUGGUGUCCCAAAAGCUGUGGAUUACAAAGGGAAAAAUGAUAAGCUUUGGGAUACAUUUCCUUCUUCCACCUGAAGAAAUUGUUGACAUAAAAUUUGUUUGUUAAGAAUUAGACCUGGUUCAGGAAAAUUAUUCCAGUUUUUUGUAUUUUAUCUGUAAUGCACAGCUUUUGAAGAACCCUGUAUAGUAUAUAUUUUGAAUUGUGCAGCCGAUUAGAUUUUCUUCACCCUAAAAAUUGUGCUUGAUGUAUAUGAUGCACACAAAUUCACAUUUGCACAUAAAUACAUGGGCACACCUAUACCUUUUGUGUGGUCUACUGUAUUUAUGUAUAUACCAGGCGUAUCUAAAUCUAUAGUACACAUACUUUGAAUGUGUAUAUAAAAUACAGUACAUUUAUAUAUAAACAUAAAUACAGUGGGCUCAGAAUGUAUUCACUUUUUUCAUAUUUUGUUAUAUCGCUCAAUUAAAAUCAUUUUUGAAAAUCAUUUUUGCUUAUGUCAACAACACUCAACAACCCAAAAUGACAGACUGCAAAAUCAAAAAGGAUUUUAGGAAUUGUUGCAAAUUUAUUAAAAAUAAAAGUAUUUAGACCCUUUACUCAGCACUUAGUUGAUGCCCCUUUGACAGAGAAUAAAAUUCAGAGUCUUCUUGGUUAUAACACAACAAGUUUCACACACUUGGAUUUGGGAAUUUUGUAUCAUUCUUCAAUGUUGAUCCUCUCAUGCUCUGUCUGGUUGGACGGAGACCUUCAGUGGACAGCUAUUUUUGUUCUCUCAAGAGAUGUUCGAUUGGGUUCAUUCCAAGAAUUGUCCCAAAGCCAUUCCUGUGUUGUUUAGGCUUUGUGCUUAGGGUUAUCAUUCCUUUGGAAAGUGACCUUUCGCCCCAGUCCGAGGUCCAGAGCACUCUGGAGCAGGUUUUCAUUAAGGAUAUGUCUGUGCUUUGCUCCUUUCAGCUUUCCCUCAAACCCGACUCGUUUUUCAGUUCCUGCUGCUGGAAAACAAUUCCACACUAUGAUGUUGCCACCAUCAUACUUCACUGUUGGAAUCGUAUUGCACACAUGAUGACAUUGCCUGGUUUCCUUUAGAAGUGACGCUUAGAAUUGAGGCCAAACUGUUGAAUCUUGGUUUUAUCAGACCAGAAAGACUUUUUGUCAUAGUAUGAGAGUCCUUUAGUUUCCUUUUCACAAACUGCAACCGCAUUUUCAUGUGUUGUCUUAUCCAUCAAUCUGGCUUAUCAUAAAGCCCAGAUUGAUGGAGUGUUGCAAUGGUGACUGUCCUUCUGGAAGUUUCUGCCAUCUUUACGUAUGCUUUCUGGAACUCAGCCUGAGUGACCAUUGGAUUCUUGGUCACUUCCCUUACCGAGAUCCUUUUCUUCAGCUUGAUCAGUUUGACCGGCAGCCACCUAUUAGAAGACCCAUAGUUGAUCCAAACAUUUAAGAAUAGCCACUGCGUUCUUGGGAACCUUCAGUGCUGCUUUUUAGUAGCUUUCCUCAGAUCUAUGCCUCGACACAAUCCUGUCACUAAGCUCUGCAGACAAUUCCUUUGACCUCAUAACUUGUUUUAUGCUCUGAUACACAUUGUCAGAUGUGGACGCUUCUAUAGAUAAGAGUGUGCCUUUCCUAAUCAUCAGUUGAAUUGACCACAAUUAGAACAAACAUUGUCCAGUCAACUGAAUUCACCACAGUAUACAGCAGAAACAUCUCAUUGAUAUUCAGUAAAAUGGGUUGCAUCAGAGCUAAAUUACAAGUGUCAUAGCAAAGGGUCUGAAUGCUUGUGUCAAUGUGAUAUUUCAGUUUUUAAUUUUUACCGAUUCUGUAAAAAUUACUGAAAUCCUGUUUUAGCAUUCUGCAUUAUUGAGUGUUUCUUGUCAAGGGAAAAAAUGAAUGUAAAUGAUUAUAGUAUAAGGCUCAACAUAACAAAAUGGGUAAAAGGUGAAGGUGUCAUUGUGAAGGUGUAGGUACACUGUAUAUAUGUGUGUGUUCAUGUACUAGGUAAUGAAACACUACACACACACACUUUUUAUAUAUAUAUAUAUAUAUAUAUAUA